AUGGCUCAUCAUGCGAACGAGGAACACUGGGGGAGACCUACCAACUUCACCAUGAUGCAAUUCUUCGAGUGGUACGCUGAAGGUAAAGGUGUCCACUGGAAGAAGUACGCAAGCGAGACGGAUCGUCUUGCCUCGAUGGGAAUCACAGCCUGUUGGAUUCCACCUCCAACCAAGGGAUCCUCAGUCGACGGAACAGGUUACGACAUCUAUGAUAUCUGGGACCUUGGAGAGUUUGAUCAAAAGGGUGCUCAGAGGACCAACUGGGGGACCAAAGAGGAACUGUUGGCGGCGAUCAAAACGGCUGCUGAUAAAGGCAUUGUGACGUACAUUGAUGCCGUGAUGAACCACAAGGCAGGAGCAGACGACAAGGAAGAAUUCUUGGCUAUUAUGGUCGAUCAAAACAAUCGUAAAAAGGAGAUUGGAGAGAUGCACAAUAUUGAGGGAUGGACCAAAUUCACAUUCCCCGGUCGAGGUGACAAGCACUCGCCUAUGAAAUGGAACUUUAACCAUUUUACCGGCGUGGACUAUGAUGCCAAGACGGAGACGACGGCGAUCUUCAGGAUCCAAGGCGACGGCAAGAGCUGGGCCUCUGACGUCGACAAGGAGAAUGGUGGUUACGAUUAUCUCAUGUUCGCGGAUGUCGAUCACUCUCAUCCCGACGUCGCUCAGGAAUACUUCAACUGGGGAAAUUGGAUCUUGAAAGAGACUGGAGCACAUGGUUUCCGAUUCGACGCCGUCAAGCAUAUCUCGCAACAAUUCAUUGGCGACUUUGUCAAGAAGAUUCGAUCGCAAGAAAGUGGACGGACCAAGGCUUUCUGCGUCGGAGAAUUCUGGAAAGAUUCUACCGAUACCCUCAUCGCGUACCUUGAUGGACUGGGGACUCAAUUCUCUUGCUUUGACUGUGUUCUCCAGGCCAAUUUCAAAGAAGCUGGUGAAGCCAGGGCCAGCUAUGAUUUGCGAAAGAUCUUUGAUGACACCUUGGUGCAACGUCGUCCCAUUGACGCUGUUACGCUUGUCGACAAUCACGACACCCAGGUCGGCCAGUCGCUCCAGCGAUGGGUACCAUCCUGGUUCAAGCCCUUGGCUUACGCUUUGAUCUUGCUCCGAGUGGAUGGAUAUCCAUGCGUCUUCUAUGGUGACUUGUACGGAUGUGGAGGAGAGAACCCACAGGAGCCGGUCAACCAAUUGGAGGAUAUCGUCCGGUGCAGAAAGCUCUUUGCAUACGGAGAGUUAGUCGACCACUGGGAUCACGCCAACUGCCUCGCUUGGGUCCGUAAAGGAGACGAGGAGCACGAUGGAUGUGUCGUUGUCCUUUGCAAUGGCACAGAUGAAGGUACAAAGCAUUGUGAAGUGGGUAAAGAGCACGCCGGUGAGAAAUGGACCGAUGUGCUCGGCUGGCACCAGGGCGAAGUCACCAUUGGGGAAGAUGGAUGGGCCGAUUUCUCAUGUCCCGCUGAGAGUUUAUCUAUCUGGGCAAAGGUGGAUGCCAAGGGUCGUGAGGAAUUCAAGAAGCAGUGA